AGACGGAAGGAUCACAUCAUGAUCCCAAAAGUUCUCUCCGUAGACGCUUGUGUGCGUCAAAGGAGUUUGUCCAUGUGCUGUAUCGAAAUGGCAAAUGUCACUCUACAAGAAGCGGAAAAAGUUUUUAUUAUUCAUGGUGUUCAGGAGAAUUUUAGAGGUGAUGGAAGAAGUUGCUUUGAUUAUCGCAUGGUUGAGUUAGAAACCGGUGUUAUUGCAAACUGCAAUGGAUCUGCUCUUGUUAAACUUGCUGAAACAAAACUUCUAGCUGGUGUGAAAGCAGAAUUAACUACACCUCCACCAAAUGUCCCAAACCGAGGUUGGAUUGAAGUGUCAAUUGAAAGUACACCUCAUGCCCAUUUAGAUUUUGAAGGUCGAGGUGGUGAUGAUUUUGCAGCAGAUGUAAGCCAAAUUUUGAUGCAGAGCUGCAAUAAUGAAAAAUUAAUUGAUAUGAAAUCUCUUUGUGUAAUUCCUGGGCAGCAAGUUUGGGUGUUGUAUGUUGAUAUUCUGGUUUUAGGAUACAGUGGAAAUCUUAUUGAUGCAGCAUCUAUAGCUACCAAAGCUGCUUUGUAUGAUACUAAAAUCCAAACUGUAAAUGUUAAACAUGGUGAGAAUGAACCUGAAAUAGAAGUAUCUGAUGAUCCAUAUGAUGUGUUUUCUUUAGAUGUAUCAAAUUUGCCUUUGCUCAUCACUUUAUUUAGGGUUGGCAGUGAAUUCAUUGUUGAUGCUACUAGUGAAGAAGAAGCUUGUAGCAAAUGCAAACUUGUUCUUGCAGUUUCUUUAACUGAUACAGUACUAUUGAAACAAAUAAGUGGUCCUGGUUGUUUGCAUCUUGAGAGUAUUAAAGAUAGCACUGAGGCUGGUCAAGAAUUAGGUUUGGCUCUUCAGAAGAAAUUAUUGGAAGUAUUACAAUUAGAAAAAAAUGUUGCUCAAAAAACAAAAUGUUUGAUGUGAUAAAAGCUUUGUUCAAUGAAUAUGUAAAUAUUAUAUAUAAUAAAAAUUUUUUAUAAUAUGUA